AUGUUCAAACAUACAUUACCUCGCCUACCAAACCGGCCAAAAUUGACUCAAUUACCACCAUGUAGCCGACAAAUCCAAACAAAAAAACAAAACUCCCUCCCAGCAGCAUACUACCGCGGCGGCACCUCCCGCGCCGUCAUCUUCAAACAAUCAGACCUCCCCAAAGACAAAAACCACUGGGCCCCCAUAUUCCGCAGCGUAAUCGGCAGUCCAGACCCCUACGGCCGGCAACUCGACGGCCUAGGCGGCGGCCUCUCCAGCCUCUCCAAGGUAUGCGUAGUCGGCCCAUCAACACACCCCUCAGCCGACGUCGACUACACCUUCAUCUCGCUCGGCAUCAAAAACACCGACGUCGACUACUCCAGUAACUGUGGAAACAUGAGCUCUGCAGUCGGACCCUUUGCUGUCGACGCGCAGCUGGUCCCUGUACACUCAAACCAGGAUUCAGCCUCGGUCCGCAUCCACAAUACCAACACAGGAAAAAUCAUCCAUUCUUCUUUCCCUGUCGUCGACGGCGAAGCAGCUUCUACAGGCGACUUCGCUAUAGACGGCGUUUCUGGCACUGCAGCUCGUGUCCAGCUGGAUUUCAUUGAUCCUGCUGGGUCGGUUACGGGGAAGUUACUGCCGACGGGGAAUGUCACGGACACGUUUGAUGGGACGAGAGUUACCUGUAUCGACGUCGGGAAUCCGUGUGUUUUUGUGCAGGCGGACGAUCUUGGUGUGCAGGGGAAUAUGACUCCGGAGGAGAUCACCGCUCAUCCGGAUUUGCUGGUGCGGUUGGACUCGAUUCGAAGGCAGGCGGGGGUGAAGAUGGGUAUUGCUAAGGAGAGGGAGGAGGUGCCUGGGAGUGUGCCAAAGAUUUGUAUAGUUGCUGCGCCUUCUACUACUGAUAAGAGGGAUAUUGAGCGGAAACAGACGGCUGGGGAUGUGGAUUUGCUGGCAAGAGCUCUUUCGGUUGGCCAGCCGCAUAAGGCGGUGCCGAUUACGGUUGCUUUGGCUCUUGCGGCUGCUGCGAGGGUGCCAAUGAGUACGGUUGCUGGGGUUGUGGAUAGGGAUCCGGUUGAUAGGGCUGGGGUUACGAUUGGACAUGCUAGUGGGAAUCUGCUGGUUGGUGCUAAUUUCGAUGCGGAUGGGGGUUUGACUUCUGCUACGGUCUUCCGGACGGCAAGGCGUUUAUUUGAGGGGCGCAUUUUCUGGAAGAAUGAUUGA